AUGCGCAGAAAUCAUGCACUCCAAUUAGGAAAGACUAACAUGUGCAAAUUCUAUCAGCAUGGCAGCUGUAAUCAGGGGAGCAGGUGCGCAUACGCCCACGACCCCCAGGAGCUGCGCCACCCGCCAGAGUCUCAGAACACCAGCAUGUGUGAGACCUUCGCCAGAGAGGGCCACUGCGCGAAUCCGACCUGCCAAUUCGCCCACGGCGCGGAUCAGCUCCGAGCGACGAACGUGCUCGUCAAGGCGAAGAUGUUUGGGUUCGGGAGCAAAUGCAGGAACGGCAAGAGCUGCCGCUUUGCGCACUCGGACGAGGAGUUGCGCCUGGCCAGUCAGCCAGGGAGCGCUGCCCACACUGGCCAGGACGGCAGCGACUCCGCCGAGGGCUCCACGGAGAGUGGCUCGCAGGCGGACCCGCGCAGUGACCACACCAGCAACCACUCCUGCACCACCAUCUUCACGGGUUCCUCUGGGAGGAGCAGGGCCACAGGCGGUGCCGAGGGCGGUGCGGGAGGCUUCAACAGCGGCCACAGCGCGGAGCUUCCCGUCAGGGCCCGGAGCAGGGAGCCGGUGGCCAAGCUGUCGCACAGGAGGCUGGACGUCCACAAGAAGCAGGACGCAGAGAAGGCCGGCCUGAGUCUGCUGGCCGACGGAGCGACCACACUGUGCAUCUCGAACGUUCCCACCUACUUCACGCAGGGGUCGCUGCUUGCCAUGUUCGAGGACCUCACCCCGGCGAUGCGGGGUAACUUCGACUUCUUCCACUGCCCUUGGGAGCAGGAUCUGAUGAGGAACACGGGCCACGCGACGAUCAACUUCGCGAACGCAGUCCACGCCCAGGCGUUCCAGCAGGCGUGGUCCAACAGGGGGCUGUGUGGCUCGGGCCCGUCGGAGAAGCGGCUCCGGGUGACGCGGGCGCCGCUGCAGGGCCUGCAGGCCAACCUGGACCACUACUCCGGCACCGUCACCAAGUCCGCCGACCCCCGCUUCCGUCCGCUGUUCCGCGGCGAAAGCGGCAGCUUGAACGCCCUCAUGGUGACGGACGACUCCUUCUCUGCUGGGGGUGGGCGGCGUGUUUAG